GUCUGCGUAUAACGUUGACAAAUGACUGAACGGGUUUAAAUGGAAAAAUGAAAGUUAGAUUUUGUAACGAUAACAAGUAUUAAACGGCGUAGUCGCGCUCGGAGCAAGCUGAGGCACAUGUUUUGUGAUUGUCUCAAGAAUUACGCGCUGCAAGCUGGGGCAUAUGACUGGGGUGGCGCUUUGUUAGGAUAAGCGUCGAGGAAACAUGGAAUGCGACUGCAAACCGGACAGCCCAUGUACGACGACUUCAAGUUGCGGAGAAGAGCCUACUAUAGAAUCAGCUGUCAAAGGUCUGUGGAUAGACGCCAACACCCUGUUAACAGGACUGAUUUCAGUUGCGGGAUAUCUUCUCUUCAGAUGCUCACAGGCCCUCCCAGGAUUGUUUAGAUGGCCAAUUCGCAUCAUAUUAUCUCUAACUGGAAUUUCAUCUUUAUGGAGCUGGUUGACAAAUCUUUUGAAAGCAGUCCGUGGGCUGAAGACACUAUUCCAUUGGCUUGGGCGCAUAUGGCACUUCCUCGUUGCAUUAUUCGCAAAAUUUAGCUGGGUGCCAGCCCUCUUCAAAGCCAUUGCAGGUGUAUUUACAUCAAUAAAGCAAGGGCUGGAAUUUGUAUUGAAUUUAAAGCAACGUAUAAAAGGGCCAUCUAAAAACAAAGAGACUAAAGCACAAAACUCCAACAGUCCACCUCCUAGCCCUAAAUAUGAUGACCAGGGCUUGCGACUCAUUGUGGUCGGGCCACAGGGGAAAAGCCGGCUCUCGCUGGUCAGCAUUCUGCUCGGCUCCAGCACCUCCCUGAAACAGAGAGACGCUCAGGAGUGCAAGAGGUGGAGAACAAAGAUAGAUGGGAGAGAUGUGACCGUGGUGGACACCCCGGACUUACUGGGCAAAAGCCUGGAGACGGCUCAGAGGGCCCGAGAGGCCUUGCGCAGUCUUCAGCUGGCCAGCCCUGGUCCGCACGCCUUCCUGCUGGCCCUGCAGUGCCCCGGCUCAAAGGCCGGAGGCGACUUAAGUGACACAGUAAAUGUCUUGCAUGCCUUAGCGGAACUUGUGGGCGAAGAGGGCCUGAGUCAUGUGCUGGUGGUGCUCCUCACCCAAGCCGAGAGUCGGGGUGGGGGCGGGGGACGGGGGGCGGCGCGCACCCUGUCUCAGCUCCUGGAGGAGGAUGCAGGGGACCUCAGGGAGGCGCUGUCCAUGUGCGGCCAGAGGGCUGAGCUGCUGGUUGGUGGUGGGGCGGAUGCGGCCUCAGGGCUGCUGGAGAGGGUGGUGGAGAUGAGGGCCCUGCAGAGCCACUACGUCCACGAGCUCCAGCGCAGGGAGGAGCGCAUCAGGCAGGAGCUGCUGACUGACAUGGCCCACGUCCUCACACAGAAACUCGAGGGACACUGGAGCUGAAAGCAGAGAUGCAAGGCCUGGUCAGACUAACCAGGAUCAUGAGAUUCUGAUCUGUGUAGUUGAUUCGAGCUGUUUGAGUGUGACUACAAGCUAACUGUUUAGUGUUUACACUGGAUUUUACACUGACACUACUGGCAUAUUUAAUAUAUAGUAUUUUUUCAAGGAUGGUGGUGCAUUGAAAUAUGUAUAUUUUUAACACUUAAAACUAAUAUUUUAGAACAAAAGUCUGUACACCACUAACAGUUUUUCAAACUGGUGCUGCAAUAAAAAGGUGUUAUGAGAAAUAAGAUAAAUCAUCUAUGAUUCAUCCUUUACUGUAAAGUUGUAAUUCCAGUUCAAGCAAAGGGCGGAGGCAUCUAAAUAUUUUUCUGACUGUACUGCUCUGAA